UGGAGGGACAGUAAAAUAAGCGGAGCAGUGGAAAAAAUUUGAUCGAAUAUACCGUCUGUUAUGGGUUAAACUAUUUAUGCCCGAUUGCCGUUUAUUUGGAUCCAUUGUUAUGUUGCGCAUUUCACAUAAAAGUCCAGUGUAACACAACCCAAUAAAACAUGAAUAUUUCAAGUCAUUUGGAGCAUUAAAGGCAAAGAAUUCAGGUGGAAUUGGAGUGGACAUAGAGCCAACAGCAACACAAUAGACAACACCGAAGCAUUUUUCACCACCAGCUAAAAAUUCAAUCAAAGCGUUAACCUGUUUCUUGUCCUUUUUUACCUUCUCCUUCUCUUCCUUAACUUCUUUCUUGUCCUUGGUUAACUUUUCUUUCUCUGUCUUAAGAUCGGCUUCUUUCUUUUCCAAUUCAGCAGCUUUUUCUGCGUUAGCUUUUUUUUUGUUCAAUGACUAACUUCUUCUCAUCUUUAAACUUCUUUUCCGAGGACCCAAACAUGAUCUUCAUUUUCUAAAAAUAUGAAGAUUUAACUAUUAUAUCGAUCGCUGUCACUUUAUAGUAGGUUGACUUUUUUAAUUCGUUAAAUCUUCAUAUUUUUAGAAAAUGAAGAUCAUGUUUGGGUCCUCGGAAAAGAAGUUUAAAGAUGAGAAGAAGUUAGUCAUUGAACAAAAAAAAAGCUAACGCAGAAAAAGCUGCUGAAUUGGAAAAGAAAGAAGCCGAUCUUAAGACAGAGAAAGAAAAGUUAACCAAGAACAAGAAAGAAGUUAAGGAAGAGAAGGAGAAGGUAAAAAAGGACAAGAAACAGGUUAACGCUUUGAUUGAAUUUUUAGCUGGUGGUGAAAAAUGCUUCGGUGUUGUCUAUUGUGUUGCUGUUGGCUCUAUGUCCACUCCAAUUCCACCUGAAUUCUUUGCCUUUAAUGCUCCAAAUGACUUGAAAUAUUCAUGUUUUAUUGGGUUGUGUUACACUGGACUUUUAUGUGAAAUGCGCAACAUAACAAUGGAUCCAAAUAAACGGCAAUCGGGCAUAAAUAGUUUAACCCAUAACAGACGGUAUAUUCGAUCAAAUUUUUUCCCCUGCUACACUGCUCCGCUUAUUUUACCUGUCCCUCCACUCUAG